AAGGCAACAGUUCAAGUGGAAACACACGAUCGGAAUAUGGGAAAACUAGUUCUAUACGGGGUGGAGCCAAGUCCACCAGUCCGAUUUUGUAAACUGACUCUUAAUGCCCUGGGACUUCAGUACGAGUACAAGCUGGUUAAUCUUCUGGCAGGAGAGAACAGAACAAAGGAAUAUAUGCUAAAGAAUCCUCAGCACACGGUGCCCAUGCUGGAGGAUGAUGGCAAAUAUAUAUGGGAGUCGCAUGCUAUUUGUGCCUAUCUGGUGCGCAAAUAUGCCAAAGAUGACACGCUUUAUCCCAAGGAUUACUUUAAACGAGCUGUGGUUGAUCAACGUUUGCACUUUGAGUCCGGUGUGGUAUUCCAGGGCUGUAUUCGAAACAUUGCUCUGCCUUUGUUUUAUCAAAAUGUGACGGAAGUUUCGCGCUCCAAAAUAGAUGCCAUAUUUGAGGCCUAUGACUUUCUGGAGAGUUUUUUGGGUACACAAACUUACAUGUGCGGCCCGACCUUGACUCUGGCUGACUACAGUCUGGUUUCUUCAGUGUCCAGUCUCGUGGGAUUGGCAGCAAUUGAGGAGCAACGCUAUCCCAAACUUAGCAGCUGGUUGAGGCGUAUGUCCGAGAUGCCCGAUUAUCAUUCACUUAAUGGCAAUGGGGCACAAAUGUUGAUUGACAUGUUCACUGACAAGAUUACAAAGAUUGUGUGAUUUAAUAAAGGUUAUUUGAAAAAUA